UUAAAAAACAAAACAUCCGAGUAUAACAUACAAACGCACGCGUGCUCUCUCUCUCUCUCUCUCUCUCUCUCUCUCGUCAGGUGAUUUGAAAUGGCUGAACCUUCCAAGGUUAUUCAUGUUCGCAAUGUUGGUCAUGAGAUAUCUGAAAAUGAUUUGCUUCAGCUAUUUCAACCUUUUGGAGUCAUAACAAAGCUUGUGAUGUUGCGUGCUAAAAAUCAGGCUCUUCUCCAAAUGCAAGAAAUUCCUUCUGCAGUUAGUGCUAUACAGUUCUAUGAAAAUGCCCAACCAAGCAUAAGGGGGAGAAAUGUUUAUGUCCAGUUUUCCUCUCAUCAAGAACUGACGACGGUGGAUCAAAAUCAAGGACGAGAAGAUGAGCCAAAUCGAAUUCUCUUAGUCACGGUUCAUCAAAUGCUCUAUCCUAUAACAGUGGAUGUGCUACAACAAGUAUUCUCUCCUCAUGGAUAUGUGGAAAAGGUUGUAACAUUUCAGAAGUCAGCUGGCUUCCAGGCUCUCAUCCAGUAUGAAACUCGCCAAAGUGCCAUUACUGCCAGAACUGCACUUCAGGGACGCAAUAUUUAUGACGGUUGCUGUCAGCUGGAUAUUCAGUUCUCAAACCUUGAUGAACUACAAGUGAACUACAAUAAUGACCGUUCAAGGGACUUUACGAACCCAAAUCUGCCUACAGAGCAGAAAGGCCGACCUUCACAAUCUGGAUAUGGCGAUGCAGGAUAUGGGGUUCAAGGUUCUGGACCCAGAUCAGCUGGAUUCUCUCAGAUGGGCAAUGCUGCGGCUGUUGCAGCUGCUUUUGGGGGAGAUUUUCCUCCGGGAAUAACUGGAACAAAUGACAGGUGUACACUUCUUGUCACUAAUCUCAAUCCUGAUAGAAUCGAUGAGGAUAAACUGUUCAACUUGUUCUCCAUUUAUGGGAACAUUGUCAGAAUCAAAAUACUCCGGAAUAAACCAGAUCAUGCACUUGUUCAGAUGGGGGAUGGUUUCCAAGCUGAGUUGGCAGUAUAUUUUCUGAAGGGAUCAAUGCUAUUUGGAAAGCGAAUGGAGGUGAACUUCUCAAAGCAUCCGAACAUAACCCAAGGUGCUGAUACACAUGAAUACAUAAGCUCAAAUCUCAAUCGGUUCAACCGAAAUGCUGCUAAAAACUAUCGCUAUUGCUGCUCGCCGACAAGGAUCAUCCACUUGUCCUCCCUCCCACAAGACAUUAAUGAAGAGGAGAUUGCAAGUCUUCUACAGGAGCAUGGAAUCAUUGUCAACUGCAAAGUCUUUGAGAUGAAUGGGAAAAAGCAGUCUCUUGUUCAAUUCGAGAACGAGGAAGAGGCAACUGAAGCCCUUGUAUGCAAGCAUGCAACUCCACUUUCUGGCUCUGUGGUUCGCAUCUCCUUUUCGCAGUUGCAGAAUAUAUGAUGCGACACACUUUGAUAAGGGAUUCUGAAUUUUGGAAGGAUAAUUUUUAUGGUCUCAUUUUUAAUUAACUUAUAAAACCAGUUCUAGACUUUUUUCUCCAUUGCCUUGACUACUUCUCUUAUGUUAGAUCGAUAACAUAAGGUUGAUGAGGUAAGCUUUAUGGUUGCAGGUGGAUGAAGUUUUGAGGCAUAAAAAAGAGUAAAUUAGUACCUUGUUUAGAGUUGAGGGAUUUAUUUAAGGUUUUUAUAAUGAUUGUUGAUGUAUAUGCUUUGUAAUUUGGGCUUAGUUGGCCUUUCUGUUGUAACAUCAUUAAACACCAAAAUUUUCUUGCCCAACUAAACAAUAAGCUACAUUGUUGUAUUUUCAAUAAACAUCAAAAUUUUCAUGUUCA